UAACCUUGAAGUCGCAAAUCAUACUUUAGACAAAUAGGUCACAAGAUAAUAGAAUAAUUUAGUUAACUUAAAAGAUUGUAAUUGCGGCAUGCGUGUAUGAUAUAGUAAGGAAUAGGAUAGCGUAAGGAAGACUUUACAUUAUUCAAUUACUGCAGCAAUAUGGCAGGGACACGUUUGGAAGAGUUCUAUAAAGAAAUUAGCGCUGAUCUUGUGAGGACUGUACAAUUCUGGUUGAAAUAUUCACAUGACGAUGAAUAUGGUGGUUUCUUUAAUUGUCUUGGACCAUCUGGUCAUGUUUAUGACGACACAAAAUACGUUUGGUUGCAGGCUCGCCAGGUAUGGAUGUACGCACGAUUGUAUAAUGAAGAGGAACAGUUUAGAAAGCCAGAUAUUAUCAAGGCAGCUGUUAGAGGUGUUGAGUUUCUGCAGAAGAACGCCAAAGACCCGAAAACAUGCAAACUAUGUCUUAGUUUAACGCGUCAAGGACAGCCUAUCAAAAUUCAGAGGUCUAUAUUCUCCGAGUGUUUCUACACAAUGGCUUUGUCAGAGCUCUAUCGGACAACACAUGAACAAAAAUAUAAAGAUGAGGCAAUAGAAAUGUUUGACAAGAUCAUUUAUUGGGUCAGAGAAGAUCCAACAGAUUUAAGGCUUGGGUUGUCUCCCCUCCCAGGGGUCACUCCAGUCAACUCUAUGGCGGUUCCCAUGAUGCUCCUCUGUGUUCUAGAUCAAAUGGAAACAAUGGAUUCCUCCAUGUCGGAAAAUUACGCUGAUGUUGCUGACUGGAGUUUAAAGCAGGUUCUUAAUCACAAACAGCGAGAAGGUUCUAUAAUUUUGGAAAAUGUCAGCCCCUCUGGUGAAGAACUUCCGGGAAGUUUUGGAAGGCUGACUGUUCCAGGGCAUGCCAUCGAAGCAGGAUGGUUUUUGUUACAAUUUGCUAAGAAAAGAAAUGACAAAGAGCUUAAAAAGACAGCAAUAGAGGAUUUUAUUGUCAAAAUGUUUGAUCAUGGUUGGGAUACAAAAUAUGGUGGACUUUUCUACUUUUUAGAUGUCGACGGUUACAGCCCAGUACAGCUUGAGUGGAAUAUGAAACUUUGGUGGACACACAACGAGUCGAUGAUCUCUUUUCUGAUGGCGUAUCAGGAGACCAAAGAUUUAAAAAUGCUAGAGAAGUUUGAGCAGCUCUUCGAUUACUGUUAUUCAAAACAUGUUGAUAAAGAAAAUGGUGAGUGGACAGGGUAUCUUAACAGAGAUGGAAGUAUCUGCAUGGAUUUUAAGGGAGGUCCAUGGAAAGGUUGUUUACACGUGCCACGUGCAUUGCUGAUGUGUAAACAAAUAUUGGGCGAAAUUCUUGGAAAGUAGACCAUUCAGUGAAACUAAAGAAUGCAGAAGACUAACUUUUAGAUCUCAAAAUAACCGAUAAUAACUCCUAAAAUAAAGGUCUCUACAAACAUUACAAAUAAAAAAACCUUUGUUUUUGGUGUACUAAGUCAAAAUAUUUUGACUGCCAAAGCUAAUUGGGUCAGAAUCUGCUAGAGAUUUACAAAAUAGCACAAUAUCUGCAGUAGAAAAAGUUGGACUCGUUUUUGCUGUUGUUGACAUUGUUGUUCUAUUUAAGGUCGUGUCACAAUCGAUAGAACUGAACCGAAUAUACAAUGUAUUUUCCUCUUUUUAUUCUUCUUUCUUUUGGCUCCCUAAGGCUAUAAGGCAGUAAUGGCCUCAUAAUUUCAACGCUAGUGAGAAAGAUUUCAAAAGGUGCUAUACGCUGCUGGAAAUGUUUGUCAUCAUGUUGCUAGUUUUCACUCCGGAAUACGGCAGUAAGCCACAUUGAAUUUGCCAGAGCACAGCUCAGCAACCACAUUGCUCCUGCUGGGAAAGCAUUGACUGGCUUAUGAUUAUAAAAAUAAACGUUGUUGUGUCACUCUUUCUUCGUACAAUUGUGCACUCGUGAAUACGUGGAAGCAUUCUUAUAUGAAUUCAACUUAACAACAUAUGAUGUCAAUGUGUCUUUCUAUGAUGUCAACCUAUCAUUUGACGAUGUGCAUGUAUGAAUAUAUUAUGUGGCAGCAUCAUUAUAUAGUGUCAACUUAUCAAUAUAUUAUGUCAAUCUUUCAUUAAUUAUACCAACGC